CCCUCCGGGCCCGCCCGCCCUCUCUCUGUGUCUCGGUUCCUGCCCCACGGACCUGCCGCCGCGAGCUCCGGAGUGCGGCUUCCCGGGCUGGCGGCGCUAUGGGCUGCGGGAACUCCACCGCCACCAGCGCCGGCGCUGGCCGAGGUCCUGCAGGAGCAGCUAACGAUGUAACAGAAGAAUCAAUAACAGAAGAUGACAAGAGGAGAAACUAUGGAGGGGUCUAUGUUGGCCUACCAUCUGAAGCUGUCAAUAUAGUGACCAGCCAAACAAAGACUGUACGGAAAAAUUAGAAGAAAAUAUAUGUUGACUCAGUAAUCAAGAGCUUACUCAUCAAGAUUUAGAAGGAAUUUGGCUCUG